CAUCUCAGUUUUUUCAGUUCUAACCGAAGAUACAUAAUAAAACAAUAAAGUUAUCGCAAUGCCUUCAAAUUUAGUUGAUCUGCGGCCGGACCGUCGUCUGUUGGACCACGAAUUCGAAGGUUACAAGCUGAACCUGCAGGCGUUGCCUCACUACAGCCACGACCUAACAUCGCGUGUAGACCGUGUUUUCCCCGACGACGUCCAAUACUCCUUCAUUCACGCAAAGCUCUUUGCACUCCACAACCACCUCGUAGCGGACAAAUGGGAUUACACGCACAGUUUCUACUACAUAGAUGAGAAACAGCAAGUUAGGCAUAUCAGUUUCGAUAACGCUAACCUAACGUUUCAAAACACUGUUGUUUACGAUGUUCCGGCUCACGAGGAGCGCAAAUCUGGUCAUUUCAACCUGUGCCUGUCGUUUCCUUCUGGUAGUUUGGCUCUGGUGAGUGACGGGACGGGGUACUUGCACAUAGUGGACACGCGCGCGCGCAGCAGGCCGGCCGAAUGCAAUGCACAGUGGCAGACGCAGCAGUCUAGUCUCAUCUUGGGCGAAGAUAAGUAUUUCAUCAUUGUGGACUCAAGAAUUGUAGAAGAAAACAACACAGAUAUCUUACACUGCCUCUUACAGUCUGUGGAGCAAAAUGAGGCUCAGUUUGACUCUGUUUUGACAUGGGUCACAUUCAAAUUUGAUGAAGCCAACACAAUUUGGUGUCAAAUGAGCUUCAGGCAAGUUCAAGGGAAAGGCAUUGUACAUUAUGCCGCACUGGAGAGUUUGUGUUCCGCUAUCUACAUAGCUUCCGAUCAUCCAUUUAAAUUUACAAAGGAUUCUGAGAAGGAAAUAGUUGAAAAAAAGGAAGAGAUCAGGACAAUAUUGUACACAUGGCUACAAACAUCGGAGGACAUAACUAUUACAUUGAAAUUGGAGGAGAAUUUUGAUAAGAAGCUUUUUAGAGUGGAUGUGAGUCCAUUGGAGGUGAAGAUAAGCUAUGGGGGUAAAGAGUUUGUGAGUGGCCGUCUGCGGAACAGAGUGGACAGUGAGCUGACGACCUGGAACGUGCAAGACAACGGUCAGGCUAAUGUGCUGCUGACUAAGUCGGACAGCAUGCUGUGGGACGAUCUCAUUGAGGGUGGCGAUAAGAACGGCGAGCAGAUAAUGGAUGAGAGUCUGAUCGAGGAGGCUCACCGCCGACUGUCACAUCUCUGCUCAGAGACGGAGGUGACUUCUGUUGAACAGUCCGCUCCGGGGCUCUCCACGCAGGAGUUGGAGGAAUGUGACGCAGCAUCUGAAGAGGACACUGUGCUUGUGCGUCUAGACACCAGCCACGAGACUACGCACCGCGUUCUAAGUGUGAACCGCUACCUCUUCAGCCUCACCAUCGACCCACAGCAGGCGCCCGCCAUCGUCCUGCGCCACGACGUCGACGCCUGUAUUUGGCAACCUUACCCUGCAGACAACAGACCCUUCCUCACCCACGAAGGAACCUUAAUGGCCUUCGGAUACAUACAGUCUUCCAAAACCAACAGGAAAUUUAUCACGUGCCCACCCAACUUAUCUUACGGAGUGGUCUGCGAGAGUUCCAGACAUAUCUUCGUGUACCAGCAUAGGAACAGCGGGCAGUUACGGAACAGGAGUGGCGGGGUGAACCGGCUGGUGAGAGUCGGCCAGCAGAAUGUGUUCAAUGUGGAGAAGUUCGGUGAAGUGGUCGGGAUUGAGGCGACUAAUGAUUAUUUGUUCGUGUUGACUGAGAGCUCUUUGGUGGCUAUUGGUGUUCAGUAAAGUUACCUCCAACUGUGUUUUAAGAGAAAUUAAAUAUGUAAAAAGGAUUUAUUUUUA